UUUGAACGUUUUUUAUAUGACAUUUAAAAUUAUAAAUUAAUAUCGCUUACAAUAAUUAUGAAGUGUAUUGAAAAUUCGUAGUAAUGCAUUCAUUAAAUGGAAAACAUUCUCAAGAUGGCCGUCCCGUUACAACCACUGAAAAUCAGGAUGAGACCGUUCUCGAGAGAGUUGCAUUCGUGUGCUCAUUUCUUUUAUUUUUAGCGUUUUUUCCGUUUUCACUUCUCUAUUGUUUAGUCACAAUGAUGGAAUUUAAACGCGCAGUUGUAUUUCGGUUAGGCCGUUUAAGAAAGGGUGGUCCACGCGGUCCGGGAAUAUUUUUCAUUUUACCUUGCAUCGAUGAGUACCAAAGCGUUGAUUUACGUACGAUAGCAUUCAAUGUGCCCCCCCAAGAGGUACUCACAAAGGAUUCAGUGACAGUAGCAUUGGAUGCCGUUAUCUAUUAUAGAAUACAGGACCCGCUGAGAGCAAUUAUUCAAGUAGCAAAUGUUGAAGCAUCUACCAUGCUACUAGUACAGACGACCUUACGAAAUGUUGCGGGCACAAAAAUGUUAAUGGAGCUAUUGGCUGAGAAAGAUGCCAUUUCGCACGCCAUUGAAAACAUAUUGGACGAAGCAACCGAUCCUUGGGGCGUUAAAGUAGAACUUGUAGAAAUCAAAGACGUGCGCCUACCGCUAUCUCUGCAACGAGCUAUGGCCGCGGAAGCGGAAGCCACUCGUGAGGCUAAAGCGAAGGUUGUAGCGGCCGAAGGUGAAUUUAGCGCUUCGAAAACACUUAAACAGGCUUCGGAUAUAAUUGGAGUGAACCCAAUUGCACUGCAAUUGAGAUAUUUGCAAACCAUGAAUACAAUAGCCGCUGAACGUAAUACAACCAUUAUAUUUCCGUUCCCAAUUGAGCUGAUGGAUGUUUAAAAUUGCAUAUGUAUGUACGAGUAUGUGUGUAGUAGUGUAAUAAUGAGAUAUAUAAAUUGCUUUGUUAAUUCGAA